GCUCACGGCUGAUCUUCAAAAAAGAAUGUCAUGUAAAUGGAAUCAUAUAGCAUAUAUAUAACCUUUGAGAUUGGCUUUUUUCACUCAUAAUUCCCUGCAGAUUCAUAUAUUGUUGUGUGUAUCAAUAAUUUGUUCCUUUUUAUUGCUGAAUAGUAGUCCCUGGUGUGGAUAUAGCACAGUUCGUUUAACCACGUACCCAUUGAACCCGUUCACCCAUCUGAAUUGUUUCUAGUUUUUUACUAUUCUGAGUGAAACUGCUAUGAACGUUUGUGUACAGAUUUGCACACAAAAGCUAACAUACUCCCAAUUUUGCAUAAAAUGGUAGAAGAUUUACUGAAGCAAAUUCAUAGGAGCAUGAACCCCAGAUCUGGAACUCUGGAUACUGAGGAGAAGUAGACUGGGAGUAAAUGAGGCUGCCUGGGGAGAGGAGAGCAAGUUCAGACAAAAGGAACCCUUCAAAACAGAAACUUUCAGGGGACGGACAGGAGAAGAGAGAGAGAGAGGCUGGGAAGGAGCCAGCAGAAAGGCGGGAGGAGACCCAGGAAGGGGGGGUCCUGGAGCCAGAGAAGGGAGUGUAUCAGGAAGGAGUGUCAGAUGCUGUCAGGAGGUCUUUGGUGAUUUUGGUGGAAUGGCGGGGGCUUAAGCCCCACUAGAGUGGGUGGAGGAGGGCAGACGGGAGGGAGGAUACACAUCAGAUGAUCCUCAUCGGACGUUUGACGUUGAAGAGAGAAGAGAUGGGAACGUGGGUUUGAGGGGGGGCAUUAUAGAGAGACCCGAGCAUGUGUAGCUGCUGGCGGGAAGGAGAGGUUGCAGGUGGUGUGCAGAGAGGGGCCCGUCGGUGGACAGUGGUUUCUGAGGGAGCAGGAGAGGAUGGAGGGAAGGGCUGGUCUCAGGAGAGACUCAACCUUCAUUGUGCCAGGGGAAAGCAGUUAGUAGCCGGGGCAGGUAUGGGCUAAAUGCUGAGAGGUUGGAGGCAGAGCAUUGGCUGUGGGGAGAGAGAGAAAAGAGGCACCCUCUGGGUUAUUUGGGAGGGAGGCAGUGUGCCUGGGUGGCCACUCAGGCACGAGGAGAUCUGUCCUCCAGCUAGUGACACGGCUGAACAGUGUACUGCGAACCUCGACAGUGACAACUCAUUGGAAAACAUGAAAGUACUCAGCUUCUCAAGAGUCCCCCGACCACAAAUUCAGAUUACAUUGUUCAUUGAGGAACAGAAAAGACAAACACACAUCAGAAAACAAGCAAAGCAAGGAAGGAUGCCUGAGUGCAGAUUUGUGGCAUUUGUGAGGUGUACGUGGGGAAGACUCCUUAGCAUGAUUUCCAGAGGCCCUAUAUCACUUAGGAUUAGAUUCAGCCACGAAUAAGCGAGAAGCCCAACCUAGCAGUGGUCAAACAGGCUGGAAGUUUAUUUCUCUCAUGUGGGAGUCCAGAGGAAGACAGUCCAGAGCUACGAGGGUGGCUGUGUUCUCCAAGGUUCUCCGAGGCCCAGGGUCUUUCCAGUUUUUUGUUCUGCAAUCCUUAGGGUAUGGCCCUUGUUCUCAUGAUCUGGGAUGGUUGCUAAAGUUCCCACCGUCAUAUUCUUGUUCUAGGAAGCAGGAUAAAGGAUGGGACAAAGAAGGAGGUCAUGUAUUGGUGGCUUUUAAGAAAAAUUCCCAGAAGCUGCUUUAGAACACCUUUACUUACAUCCCAUUGGCCAGAACUUAGACAUUCCCUAGCUGCAGGAGCUGUGGGAAAAGUCAUCUUUAUUCUAGGGCCAUGGUUUCAGCCCCAAAUCCUGGGUUCUGUUGCAAUGGAAGUAGGGGAGAAUGUAUACUGGGGCACAGCCAGCCAUGGGUCUGGCUUGUGAGGGUGAAGUCAGACGGCGUGCUGGGCCCGUCUUCCAAGGAGGCUGCGUUUCUUUCUUCAGGAAUGGACAAUCAGACCGUCCUGGCUGUCCAGUCGUUGUUGGAUGGCCAAGGAGCAGUCCCUGAUCCAACAGGCCAGAGCGUCAACGCACCCCCCUCUCUCCAGCCACUGGAUGAUGAAGAUGUCUUCCUCUGCGGGAAGUGUAAGAAGCAGUUCAACUCACUGCCGGCGUUUAUGACCCACAAGCGGGAACAGUGCCAGGGGAAUGCCCCACCGCUGGCCACGGUCUCCCUGGCCACCAACAGCAUCUACACGCCUUCGGCAGCACCCACGGCAGUCCAGCAGGCCCCGCCUCCUGCCAGUCGCCAGAUCCCCACAUAUAUCACAGUGCCCCCGUCCCCGCUGAUCCAGACCCUGGUGCAGGGGAAUAUCUUGGUGAGCGAUGAUGUGCUCAUGUCUGCCAUGUCGGCCUUCACAUCCCUGGACCAGCCCAUGCCCCAGGGCCCCCCACCAGUGCAGAGCAGCCUGAACAUGCAUUCUGCGCCCAGCUACCUCACCCAGCCUCCACCGCCUCCUCCACCCCCUCCGCCACUGCCCCCACCCCCACCCCCACAACCCCCACCACCCCCACCCCAGAGCCUGGGCCCCCCCGGGCGUCCCAACCCUGGCGGGAAUGGUGUGGUGGAGGUGUACAGUGCCACGGCGCCCCUGGCUGGGAGUGGAACGGUGGAGAUCCAGGCACUGGGAAUGCAGCCCUACCCACCCCUGGAGGUGCCGAGCCAGUGUGUGGAAGCUCCAGUAUACCCCACCCCUCCGGUGUACAGCCCCGGCAAACAGGGAUUCAAACCGAAAGGACCAAACCCUGCUGCCCCCAUGACCAGUGCCACUGGGGGCACAGUGGCCACCUUUGACUCCCCGCCAACGCUGAAGACCCGACGGGCCAAAGGAGCCAGUGGACUCCCGGAAGCUGCAGGGAAGCCAAAGGCUCAGAAACUCAAGUGCUCCUACUGUGACAAGUCAUUCACCAAAAACUUUGACCUGCAACAGCACAUUCGAAGCCACACUGGUGAGAAGCCCUUCCAGUGCAUUGCAUGUGGCCGUGCCUUUGCCCAGAAGUCUAACGUCAAGAAACAUAUGCAGACCCACAAGGUGUGGCCUCCGGGGCGCAGUGGUGGCACCGUCUCUCGCAACUCUGUGACUGUACAGGUCAUGGCCCUGAACCCCAGCAGGCAGGAGGACGAGGAAAGCACAGGGUUGGGCCAGCCCCUGUCGAGCGCCCCGCAGCCCCAGGCCUUGCCCACGGUAGAUGAGGAUGAGGGGGCCAAGCUGGAGGCCAAGCAGGUGGUCCUCAUCGAUAGCUCCUACCUGUGCCAGUUCUGCCCAAGCAAGUUCAGCACCUACUUCCAGCUCAAGUCCCACAUGACCCAGCAUAAGAACGAGCAGGUGUACAAGUGUGUGGUCAAGAGCUGUGCCCAGACGUUCCCGAAGCUCGACACCUUUCUGGAGCACAUCAAGAGCCACCAGGAGGAGCUGAGCUACCGCUGCCACCUCUGCGGCAAGGACUUCCCAUCACUGUACGACCUCGGCGUGCAUCAGUACUCCCACAGCCUCCUGCCGCAGCACAGCCCCAAGAAGGACAGUGCUGUCUACAAGUGUGUCAAAUGCGUCAACAAAUAUUCCACGCCUGAGGCCUUGGAGCACCACCUACAGACCGCCACUCACAACUUCCCCUGCCCGCACUGCCAAAAGGUGUUUCCUUGCGAACGCUACCUGCGACGUCACUUGCCCACCCAUGGCAGCGGGGGCAGGUUCAAGUGCCAGGUGUGCAAGAAGUUCUUCCGGCGGGAGCACUACCUCAAACUGCACGCUCACAUCCACUCAGGUGAAAAGCCCUACAAAUGCUCGGUGUGUGAGUCCGCAUUCAACCGCAAGGACAAACUGAAGAGACACAUGUUGAUUCAUGAGCCAUUCAAGAAGUACAAAUGCCCCUUCUCAACACACACAGGCUGCAGUAAGGAGUUCAACCGGCCAGACAAGCUGAAGGCUCAUAUCCUCUCCCACUCGGGCAUGAAGCUCCACAAGUGCGCCCUGUGCAGCAAGUCCUUCAGCCGCCGCGCCCACCUCGCUGAGCACCAGCGCGCCCACACGGGCAACUACAAGUUCCGCUGUGCUGGCUGUGCCAAGGGCUUUUCCCGCCACAAGUACCUCAAGGAUCACCGCUGCCGCCUCAGCCCCCAAAAGGACAAGGACCUACAAGCCCGGCGGCCUCCCCGGAGGAGGGCAGCCCCCCACAGCAGCAGCAGUGGUGGGCACAAAGUGGUGACCCCCCUGCCCGACCCGCUGGGGCUGGAGGAGCUGAAGGACGCAGGGGCUGGGCCGGUGCCUGAGGCUGCCCCAGGCAAGCCGCCCUUCUCGGAGCCAGAUGCUGUGCUGUCCAUCGUAGUGGGUGGCACAGUGGGUGGCGAACCUGAGCUGGUAGUGCCUGGGCAUGCCGAGGGCCUGGGCUCCAACCUGGCACUGGCAGAGCUGCAGGCAGGGACCGAGGGCCCAUGUGCCAUGCUCGCUGUGCCCGUCUAUAUCCAGGCCUCGCAGUGAUGGUCCUGUGGCAUUUGCUCCCUCGGCCCGGCCUGAUGCUUCCCUUGGGGUCUAGGGCCUCUGGGGGCAGAGUAGAGGUCCUUCCCAGUGGAAACAAGCCAUCGGCUGAAGUCCUUUUGGAAUGUCAUUUGUAAACCCUGGCCCGUGGCUGCCCUGCUGCGUCCCCUAUCCCACUGCAAAGCCCUGCAGCCUUCUGGGAUCUGAGGCAGGGGUGAUGGAGAGAGAGGUGGCCGACCCUCAGCCGCCCAGGGUCUGGCUGAUCUGGGCUGGUGGUCCAGGCCACCUGAGAGAGAAGCCAGGGUGGUCCUGCCCACCCUUCUUCCGGGCUACCUCAGGGUGGCCUCUAGUCAACUGCUCUUCGGGAGAUCUGACGUGGUUGGAGCCCUUAUCUGCUGGACUUUUCCACAUACGGUUCCCACAGCAUCCCCAGAUGAGUCUAUUAUGUAGGCAUUUAGGAGGCCCUCGAGUGUUGUGGUUAGAAUACAGCUAUCGGCCAGAUCUGGCUUCAAAUCCAAGUGCUGCUACUCACUUGCUGCGUGACCUUGGGUAAAUCACUUCACUUCUCUGAGCCCUGUGUUCCUCAUCUGUACAGUGAGGUUUAUGACAGUACUACCUCAUAGGGCUGUUAUGGGGAUCCAGUAUGAUGAAAUAUGCAAAGGACUUGGCAUAGUACCCAGCACUCAGAAAGUGCUCAUGUAUAUUUUUAUCAAAAUGUGUGUCCACAUGGCUCAGGCCCCAACUUUGGCAGUUUCUUUCUUAGUCCCUAGGUGACAGCACUCCCCCCUCCAAGUGUGUGGGGGCGAAGGGGUCCAGUGGCUCCUCCCACACGGCCAUGCUGAUCCAUUAGCCAUGGUCAUAAAGGAAGGAGCAGGUUUGGUGUUCCCAGAUGGUUAUUUCAGAACAUGGCCCAUGGAAACACCCAGGGGGAGGCGUUUAACUUGCUUUUGAAAGUACAGGAUCCUGGGCCUCACCCCAAACCCUUUGGAAUCAGAAACUCGGACCAGAGCCAGAGAGGUCUAUCUCGAGCCAGCCUCUGGAGGGCUGUAGACGCCCCUACCUCCAGCACGCCCUCCCUCCUCCCCGCUGGUCCAGGGUGAAGCAGACCAGGCUCAGCAGCAGGCAGGGGAGUAGAAAAGGGGCCUUAACUGAUGGUUCCUCAUUUAUCUUUGCAACCACCCUGCUGGGCCACACUGCCUCAGUUACAGGAGAAGAAACUGAGGCUCGAAAGGGUACAGGGGAGGACGCGGCAGAGCUGUCUCGCUCAGUUGGUGACCAGGGUUCCUUGAAGGCUGGCACAGCCCUCAGACGUCUGUGCUGGGGCCCAGGGCUGGAGCUCAGAGCAGGCCCGACACCCCACAUCCUCAGGGAGGAAAUGAUGCAGUGGGAGGGACACAGGAGGCUGGAAUGCACAGCUGAGGGGGUGAGGGCUGUAAGUGUGCCCAGCCCUCAAAAAGGCCAGAGGAGGGACUGGUGGGGACAGGAAGCCUGGGAGGAGGUGACAUUGAGCUGGGCCUUGACGCAAAGUGUUUUGAUGGAUGGAUAGACAGAGGAAGUCGUGUCAGGUAGAGCAAGGCAUGAGCGAAGACCUCGAGGUAUGACAGUGCAAGGCUUGUCGUGCUCCAGGGCCCAUGAACGGUCCACGGGGACCAGAGAUCUGGGGACAGUGGAUAGAUCAUGAGACUCGCCAGUACACUUCACGCUUCCACGCGAUGGACGAUGUACCGAGCCUUUUGUGCCACAUCACCUCAGCCCCAUCAGGUGAGAGUUGUUACUUUCCUUAUUUUACAGGUGAGGAAACAGGCACAGAGAGGCAGAGUCUCUUGCCCAGGCUCACACAGCUAGUAAGGCGGUGAGCUGGGAUUCAAGCUGGGCGGACCGCCUCCGUGUGCUCUUAGUCGCUCGCUCUAUUGAGAGAGGGGCUGAUGUUGAGUCGGAGCGAGCCUUGGAUGUCGGGUUAAGGAAUGGGACUCUAUUCCCUACAGAAGGGAGGAGUCACGGGAGGGGUUAAACAUUUUUUAAAAUUGUAACAGUGACAUUAAAGGAAAUGUUAAAAACCACAUCUCCAUCCUAAUACAGCUAUUUAAAUUAUUUCUCUCUUCUUCCUGUCGGUGUACGCAUGCGUGUACAUUGACCAGUCCUGAGGACUAAUAUUUACUUAUUUACUAGGCACUUAUCACCUGCCUGGCACUAUCCUAAGUACUUUGAGGUGGGUGGUACUUUCAAUCCCAUUUUACAGCUGAGACGAGGCAACAGGACCAGCAAGGUUAAGCACACAGCAAAGUCACACAGCAGUAAGUGGCAGAGCCAGGCCACAGAACAAAGGACAUAUCAAGAUCAGGUGUAAUAUUUAAUAGAUGUGGAGUUGGACUACAGGGGAGGAGGCUGGGGCAAUAUUGGGGUUCCCAUAGCUGAACUCCUGCUAGGUUGGCAGACGGGGGGACUGAGGCCCAGAGAGGGGAAGGCCCUUGGUCAGAGGUCUCAGAGAGUUGAUGACAGAGCUGCUCCAGGAACGCAGGGCCCUUCACAGAGCCCCGAGAUGCUGGACAGGGUGUAGUGUAAAAAGAGGGGCUGUCCUGGGCAUCCAGGGCCCCCCAGACUUUGGCAUCGGCAGAGCUGGGUUUGAAUCCUGGCUCUGCCCCUUCCCAGCUGUGUGACUGUGGCAAGUCACUUCCCCUCUCUGAACCUCAGUGUCCUUAGGUGUCAAAUGGGGAGAAUAAUAGUACCUACGCAAUGAGGUGGUUGUCACAAUUCCAGAGAGAAAAUUCAGGUAAAGUGAGAUCACAGAUUGGCAGCCCAUGGGUUGAAUGCAGCCUAAAGACAGACUUUGGCUUUCAAAAUGUUUGAGAAAAAUGAGCCAACAUUUAAAAAUAAUGAAAUUAAAAACCAGCAGGAGUGAAAAGUGAGAUGCAUUCUCUCUGUGUCAGGAACAAGACCAGGUGCCUGCCCUCCCUUAUGUUGGAGGCCUAGCCAGAGCAAUAAGGCCAGAAAGGGAAGGAGCAGUAAGGAUCAGAAAAGGUGAAAUAAUAGCAAGGAUGUUGAAAUAUAUAAAAAUUUACUGUGUUCCUAUACUCCAGAAGCAAUUAGAAAAUGUCAUUAAGAUUGGGAGAUUUCAGAUAAAAGUCUGGGUUUUUGACUUUAUUGAAAGUUGGGGUAUCUGGCACAGUGAGGCAGUGGUCAGGUGGAGCUGGGCUAGCCAGCCCCUUUCGAUGGGCACGUGCAUUCCAGAUGCCAUAGUCCCCGCUCUUCCCUACUGUCUCCCUGACAUUGCAGCUGAAUGUCCGUUUCUAUUUACUGAACUUGUGUUGAUUUAUCUUAGAGAAAUAUUUAUAAUUUCCUAUGUCUCUCAAAAGUGGGAAAACAAGAUGACCAGAGGGGGUCAUGUGAUUUUUUGUGCUCUGGCCCCCUUUACUCCUCUGUCUUACUGUCUGGGCUCUGUGAGUAUAUGACCUGAGGAACCCUGCAAAUCCUGCCUCCUGUGCCCCUCCCCCUUCCAGUCCUCUGUCUGCCUCUAAGCUAGCUGGCCUCAGUUUUCUGUCAAUAAAUGUGGAAAGUUG